UGAAUCAAAAUCCUAAAAUUUCAACGACGAAAGUAUGCAACACGGAAAACAUGCAGAUGUCAAAUCUGACGUUCAAGAGUGAAGUGUUGUAAUGCUAAAACGUGGAUAUCUUCAUCCUUUUUUAGUUGUUGGGUUAGUGUUCUCUUAUCAAUGUCAGUCCAUAUUAUGAUGUCACUGUUAUAAAAAUGUCUAAUUAUAGAUUAAUUACAAGUGCACUGAGUACCCUGUUUGCAUAAAUUCAAAAGUAGUUCAUACACUGACAUAAUAAGAUUAUCAUUGUUCAGAACAAACUUAUUGUUCUUUAUUGGCGUUGAAACUGUACCAUACAAAAAUACAUUUUGAAAAUACAUCUGCUUUGACCAAACCUUUCAGGACAUGGCUUCUUAUGAAUAUGGAAGGCAAAUCAAGGGGGAGAUCCAAUCUGUUGGUGAUGAAGUUCCUUUUCAAAAACAUGACGUGAAAUCUGAACCAAGAGACGCUGAAAUAUUCAGUGAAUUUGAAGGAAAUGGCGAUGCCUCUGAUACUAACAUGCCCACCAAUGAUUUGGACGAAAAUGAUGAAUUGAAAGUAAAUAUGCCUAUAGAUAAAUUUGAUCCAGAAGAAAUCAAAAUUGAAGAAACUUGUUUUAUUCCUUAUUUCGAUCUCAAAUCUGAAAAGUAUGAGAAUGCAAUAAUGGAAGGUUCAAAUUUGAAAGAAUGUGAAGGACAAUUAUAUAGCCAUGAUGAUUGGUCCAGUAAUAGCUGGCAAAGUCAUCAUAAGUCUCAUGCCAUACUACUUGAAAAUGUGACUGAGGAUUUGAAACCUGUUGGUUUUACCACAGAUCCUGGAAACAUCUUUGUUGAAACAAAGGAAGAAACUAUAUUUGAGGAGAAGGAAGAGAUUUUCAAUGGAAAUAUUCCAUCAGGUUCAGAUGGAAAGGAGUUUGCUGUUGAAAAUGAUCACGUAAAGCAUGGGAUUUCACCAACAACAGUUAAUGAACAAAACAAUUCUACAAACUGUUUGAAUUUAAAAAUCAGUGAAAAACCUCAUAGUGGAGAAAAAAUAUUUCGGUGUAAAAUAUGCUCAAAAUCAUUUGCUAAAGCUAAUGCUUUAAAAUACCAUGAAAAAUUGCAUUCUGAAGAAAAACCGUUUCAGUGUCAAAUAUGUUCAAAAUCGUUCGUUCGAAGUGAUUAUUUGAAAAACCAUGAAAAAAUUCAUACUGGCGAAAAAUCUUACAAGUGUAAAGUCUGCUCGAAAUCAUUCUUUCAAGGCAGUUCUUUGAAAUAUCAUGAAAAAACUCAUACUGGGGAAAAACCCUUUCAGUGUAGAAUAUGCUCAAAGUCAUUCAUUAGAAUUAGUAAUUUAAUCACUCAUGAAAGAACUCAUUCUGGUGAAAAACCGUUUCAGUGUAAAAUAUGCUCAAAAUCAUUCAGUCAAAAUGGUCAUUUGAAAAGCCAUGAAAAUAUUCAUACUGGGGAAAAACUCUUUCGGUGUGAAAUAUGCUCAAAGUCAUUCCUUCAAAGUCGUAGUUUGAAAAUCCAUGAAAAAAUUCAUACUGGCGAAAAAUCUUACAAGUGUAAAGUCUGCUCGAAAUCAUUCAUUCAAGGCAGUUCUUUGAAAUAUCAUGAAAAAACUCAUACUGGGGAAAAACCCUUUCAGUGUAGAAUAUGCUCAAAGUCAUUCAUUGGAAAUUGUGAUUUAAUUAGACACGAAGGAACUCAUUCUGGGGAAAAGCUGUUUCAGUGUAAAUUUUGCUCAAAAUCUUUCAGUCGAUAUGUUUAUUUGAAAGCCCAUGAAAAUAUUCAUACUGGAAAAAAUCUCUUUCGGUGUGAAAUAUGCUCAAAGUCAUUCGUUCAAAGUCAUAAUUUGAAAAUCCAUGAAAAAAUUCAUACUGGCGAAAAAUCUUACAAGUGUAAAGUCUGCUCGAAAUCAUUCAUUCAAGGCAGUUCUUUGAAAUACCAUGAAAAAACUCAUACUGGGGAAAAACCCUUUCAGUGUAGAAUAUGCUCAAAGUCAUUCAUUGGAAAAAGUAAUUUAAUCAUUCAUGAAAGAACUCAUUCUGGUAAAAAACAGUUUCAGUGUAGAAUAUGCUCAAAGUCAUUCAUUGGAAAUUCUCAUUUAAUUAGACACGAACGAAGUCAUUCUGGGGAAAAGCUGUUUCAGUGUAAAUUUUGCUCAAAAUCUUUCAGUCGAUAUGCUUAUUUGAAAGCCCAUGAAAAUAUUCAUACUGGAAAAAAUCUCUUUCGGUGUGAAAUAUGCUCAAAGUCAUUCUUUCAAAGUCGUAAUUUGAAAAUCCAUGAAAAACUUCAUACUGGCGAAAAAUCUUACAAGUGUAAAGUCUGCUCGAAAUCAUUCAUUCAAGGCAGUUCUUUGAAAUCCCAUGAAAAAACUCAUACUGGGGAAAAACCCUUUCAGUGUAGAACAUGCUCAAAGUCAUUUAUUCUCCAAAGUUAUUUGAUGAGUCAUGAAAAAAUUCACACUGGUGAAAAACCAUUUCAGUGUAAAACUUGCUCAAAAUCAUUUAAUCAUAAAAGUGGUUUAAUAUUCCACGAAAAAAUUCAUACUGGCGAAAAACCAUUUCAGUGUGAAGUAUGUUCAAUGUCAUUCAUUCGAAAUAGUUCAUUAUUUAUGCAUAAAAAAACUCAUUCUGGGGAAAAACCUUUCAAGUGUAAAGUCUGCUCAAAAUCAUUCAUUCAACGCAGUACUUUGAAAUACCACGAAAAAAUUCAUACUGGAGAGAAGCCAUUUCAGUGUAAAACUUGCUCAAAAUCAUUUACUCAACAUAGUUCUUUCAAAUACCAUGAAAAAAUACAUACUGGAGAAAAACCAUUCCAGUGUAAAAUAUGCCCAAAGUCAUUCACUCGAAAUAGCGUAUUAAUUAGACAUGAAAGAAGUCAUACAGGUGAAAAACCAUUCCAGUGUAAAAUAUGCCCGAAGUCAUUCACUCGAAAUAGCAUAUUAAUUAUACAUGAAAGAACUCAUACAGGUCAAAAACCAUCUGACUAAAAUCAUUCAGUCAAAAUUGUCAAUUAAAGUCUCAUGAGAAAGGUCAUGAUUCUUUGAAAUUAUAAUUGUCAACAUUGUAAUAUUGUUACUUCAGAACUGGUUGGGUUAAUAUAGUCGUGGAUGGGUUUUUCUAUUAACCAGCUGUUGUCAUUUUACGACUGAUAAAAGUAUAAACUGGUUUAAUGUUCACACUUGAGUUCAAUCUAUAAUUUACAUACAUUUUAACAAAAUUACUCUACCUAACAAAUCAAAUUAAGUCUCAAGACUGUAUUGACGUUGUGUACACCAGUAACGAGACCUGAGGAUUAGGCAGAUUGAGAAUCAGUAAAAAUGGCUUCAAAGCCGAAAUGUUGAACUACCAAAAAUACAAAAAUUUCCGGUACUGACGAGGAGCUAGUACUCCGAAAUCGGUCUAUCUAUUUAUAUAAAUAUGAAUAAAUAAGUACUAUUUUGAUCAUUCCCACAUUGAUUCCAAUUUACGAGCCACUGGUAGACAGCUGUUUCAGCCUAUUGGGCAUCAUCAGUACCGGGCAGGCAGUCCUCGAUUUUUACUACUGUCAGAUAGAAGACAAUGAAAUAUUUUUCCUUUCGUAAUAUUGGAAAAUUAUCUUCCAAAAUGAUUAUCAAAGUUUUUCACAAUGAAAAUAGUAUCAAAAUUUCUACAAGUAAUAUUAAAGUCAUGGGAAAUAAUGAAACACAGUUGAAAGAUUCUACACCCGACUUGAAAAAAUCAAACGUUUUUUAUAAUAUACCUUGUAAUAAAUGUGAAUUAAAUUAUAUUAUAACAACUUCCACAACAUUAUCAAGCAGAAUAACUUCACACAAAAGUCCUAUAAGAUUAAACGAAAAUUCAUGUGCACUAGCUCAACAUUCAAUUGAAACAGGAGACAAAAUUAAAUUUGAUCAAGCAACAAUUUUAUUUUCAGAAAAAAUGUGUCCAAAAAACUUUUUCACGAAAUGGUCUUUAUUAACAAAAAUCCUAAUAAUAACAAAAAAUAAGACAUUGAAAAUCUGAGUGUAAUUUAUAGUUAUUUACUACACAUAGAUAAAUCUCAGUAAUAUUCUCAAUUUGAAAUAAUCACACUUGUAUAAAAUUCAUUCAAUGAGCAUUUAUGAAACUGAAAUUUUUUAUAUCAGAUAUCUGAAAGUGACAUUAAUACCAAUGCGUCAAUUUUUUUAAAUGUUUUCAUCAAUAUUCAAUUUUGAAUUGUGAAACUCAGAUAACUUGUGAGUAUUGUCCAUUUUUUUUCUUUAGUUUUUUCUGUUGUGUUUCAUUUUAGCGUCCUGACGAAGUCUCUAUUCAGAGACUUGUGGCGAUUUGUGAAAUAUAGUAAGUUUGUUUUUUUUAAA